CAACAGCAAGCAAUGUCCUUGCUGUAAUGAACAAAUCGUGAAUCUCAGUCACGCUUAUUUUAGUACAAAUAAGGCUCAAAACGUCGUGGAGAGUUGUUUCAUGAUCUUGUGAUCCUAGACGACACGUACAUGAUGUCAGACCAAUGCCGUGUUUUCGUUUGGACCAUGCUGUUAUCUUCUUUGUGUCCUCCAAUACAAACAUUUCUGCUGUCUGGAGGGGAUAUUUGCUUCGGAAUCUGCAACUGCGUCGAAGAGAUGAAGAUGUGGUUUCACUACAUAUACGAAUCCGAAGUAAAACUAGUUCGGUGCGAGGAGAGAGAUCUCAGAUCUAUACCAAACUUUGCAAUUCAGAAUCUUCCUUCGGGAUUCUACCCCGGUGGAAAAAACUUUACAAUUGACUUGCGUAGCAAUUAUAUACAAACUGUUCCUGAUAAAGCGUUUGGUGACCUUCCAAAGCUGUCCAACGUUGACGUCUUCGGAAUUAUUUUGUACAAUAAUUCCAUAUCGUCCUUAAGCGAUUCGGCAUUUCUUGGUUUAGAAAAUACUAGAGUUGUUGUAGAUCUCGGACUUAAUAAAUUCACGACAUUCCCACAAGCACUGCGUAUUCUAAGAAAUAUAGAAUUGUUAGCAAUAGAAGACAAUCCCAUUAUGACCUUAGAUGCUUCCAUGAUUCAACACAUCAGUCCCGUGUUGGACUUCAGCAUAAAUUUGACCUUGUAUGAUAGCUGGCCAGUAGCACUCAAUAAUCUCCAUGUAAAAUACGUUUGGUUCUAUGGGUUCUCUGGAAAUUCGUUUCAGAAUUUCAAUGUACAUGGCAUCGGUCAUCGUGGGAUUGAGUUAGAGAUAGGAGGGACGGACAUUGUAGAUCUAAGUGAUGUGAUUUGUAACAAUCAAAUAAACGUCUCUAAGCUUUGGCUUUAUGACAAUUACAAAGUAGAUAUUAGGCCUUUUGAAAGGUGCAGCCAAGGAACGGUCAUGCAAAGUCUUUUGGCAUUUGAGCUUACUGGUAUUUACCUCGCAAGAAUCCCCAACUUCGUUCACACACUGACUAAACUGGAAUGGCUCAGUUUGCCAUUUGAUAAUAUCUACGAAAUUAAUGCGAACGACUUUCGAAGACUCACAGAGCUAAAAGUAUUGUAUCUUAAUAACAACCGAAUCAAAACAAUACACCCAAAUGCAUUCGAUACAAACACAAAACUCCGCGAGUUAUAUCUAAACGAUAACAUGUUGACGCAUAUUCCAAAUAUGGUCGUAAAUUUAAAUCUUGAGUGGUUGGCAAUGGAUGCUAUCGAUUGCACAUGCUCCAGUUUGCAGAAUCUGAAACAAGUAAAUGCAACAUUUGCCUAUUAUGUACCCUGCUUUAAUGUACCCAGCCUACCCUUCACUCCGUUUGUCAAAGACGCCCUCGCUGAAUGUUCCUGAUAAACUUGUUCAGCUAAACCAAUGUAAGUCGUAAAUGUUUGAUUUUAUCAAUCGAUUUCGAUAUAAUAACACUUGGAAAUUCUUUACUUCAUUUUUUAAAGCAAAAGCGGAUAGUUAGAUGAGAUUUUGCAGAUUUUCUUUGCGCAAUGUUUUAAUUGAGUCUCUGUUGUUUUACCACUCUGCCUUGCCUCUAUGUUUAACAUUAACUCUAACGAUUAUGGAUAUCCAUAUUUUGUUUUGCGUGUUUCAUGCAAAUAUGAUUGUAUUUUGAGAUAGCUUAGAAAUGUAAUGGGUAUGUGAAUGGUGUGCAUGUUAAAACAAAUAAUUGAUUAGAUUUGGAUUUAAAUCGGGAUAUGUAUAAAUUGCAUUUAAUUGCGCGAAAGGGUGAAAUAUUAUCGUGAUGUGAUAUGUUGAUUCAUAUUUUACUCUUGUGGACAGGUGUAUGUUGUUUUAUAUUUUAUAAUGUGUACAUUAAAGUUUUUUGUUGAUUUAGUGUUUAGCUUUAGUGGAUUUGCAGAUGUACAAUAUAACGGUGUCAUUUAAAUGCUGUGUACCUGUUUUUAUUGAUGCAGCGUAUGUGCAUGAUAUUUUAAUAAACUUUUUGUCUGAUUGUAUAAA